AUGAAGUUACCCUUUUGUCGGCGCCAUGAUGCGCGCGGACGUCCGCUCUCUUUUACCUCUUCCUUUUUCGCCAUAUCCUCGCUCUUGUCGCUCUCGGCAAGUGCGAUUACAUUCAAACCCGCCCCGCCGGCGAACCUCGACCUCAGCCAGCUCGGCCGGGUAACACUGAUUGGGGACUUUUCCGGAGUCUCUCUCUUCGAAUUCGAGGAGCAGAAUGAGAGACCGUCGGGCAAUAAUGGCAGCCAGUCAUUGCUGGCGCGGUUACCCAAUAGGGUCCUCGCACCAGUCGUCAAGACAGAUGCGUCCAUCCAAACGAUGUGCGCCUACACCCUGAAAAAUGGAUCUGUGGCCGGAGUGGUACUGGGAGGAAACUUCACAAGUCUCGGCGAUUUGCAGUCCACCGCCAUCGCGUUAUUUAACCCCAACACGUCGGAAAUAACGCCACUAUCCGGACUCUCAGGCCAGGUCAACGCCGUCCUCUGCGAUCAGAAUAGCGGGACGGUCUACGUGGGAGGGAACUUUGCCGGUGCGAACUCGACGAACGCCAUCGCGUGGGUCGAGUCCGAAGGCUUCAGGAACCUGCCUUUCGCGGGGUUUAAUGGACCUGUCACGUCCAUCACCAAAGCGGCCAACGGUCACAUCAUCUUCGGGGGGAGCUUUACUGGACUCGGGAACGCGAGCACACCUAGCCAACCGGACGGCCAAGUCAUCAAUCUUUCCACGGCGAAAAUCACCGCCGGAUCCUCCACGACUGCGGGAGGAUUCAGUGAUCCGAAGAACAUCGUCUGCAAAACCAGCGGUGCAGACGGUGCGGGGAACACAUGGCUGCUCCAGGACCAGACGCCCGGGUUCUGGCAAGCUUCAUUCAACUUCGGGUUCCAACCCACCAAACUGAGGCUGUGGAACACGCAUCAGGAUGGCCGGGGGACGAAGACGUGGCGGUUCACCGCCCUUCCCAUCAACGGCAUCUUGAACUUCACGUAUAUCGAUCUGGCAACGGGAGGGAAUGCGUCGUGCACCAACGAAUGCCCCUUGAGCGACGACCCAUCAAAACCGUUCCAGGACUUCCACUUUGUCAACUCUAUCGGCAUGAACGCGUUCCGGCUCGAUAUCUCGGCCUUCUACGGCAACGGGGGAGGAUUGGACGGCAUCGAGCUAUUCGGUGACGACAUCUUCGCAUAUGCCAUCAACGACUUCAACGAGCCCGCUUGUGCCGGUCUCGAGUUUCCCUCCACAGCAACGGCGACGGGCCCUUGGGUCGUGAGUCCGUCGCAGUCGAGCACCUCCGAGUACCUGUCUGCCGAUCUCUCGAGUCCCAUCACUGAAUCGUCGGCGUCCAUCGUCUUCUCCCCCGAUAUCAGGGAGUCUGGCCAUUAUUCCGUGAAUCUGUAUACCCCUGGCUGUAUCCAGGAUAAUACAUGCUCAUCUCGAGGGCAGUUUGUCAUUUCGGGACAGAUGACUGCUGACCCGACCAGGAGUGACGGUAUAAACCAGACACUGUUCCAGACGAACAACUUCGAUAAAUACGACCAGAUCUACUUUGGCCAAAUAGAUGCGAGCUCUGGCAGCUUCCGGCCGACCGUCACAAUGACACCUGUUGCCGGCCAGUCCCUCGACCGCAUGACUUUCGUUGCCCAGAGGGUCGGUUUCACCCGGAUCAACUCGACAGGCGGUCUGAACGGGUUAUUCGAGUACGAUCCCACUUCGACCGUUGUUAACACGAGCGACUUCUCCAGCUCUAUCUUCAACAAGCUCGGGUCAUCUUUCUCGGCGGGCUCGGCUGUCAACGCCCUCGCCACCUCUGGCGAUGUCACGUUUGUUGGAGGCAACUUCACAUCCACAACCACGAGAAAUAUCGUCGCUAUCAACCCCAAGGAUGCCUCGACCAAGUCUCUGGAUGGAGGGCUAAACGGCGCGAUACUCUCCAUGUACCUCAAUGGCACGAACCUAUUCGUGGGCGGCAUAUUUAGCAGCAGCGAGGACGGCUCGACCCCGGGACUGAACAAUGUCGCGGUCUAUGAUACGUCCAAGAAUUCGUGGAGCCCACUCGGUUCCGGCGUGGAUGGCAGAGUCCUACGAGUGGUUCCUCUCACCAUGAACGUCACCAGCACCACUCCCGAGGUUGUCAUCAGCGUUACGGGCGAUUUUAAGGAACUGCGGGCAUUCGAUAAAAACCCGGAUAUUCCGGCUAACGGCUUUGGCAUCUGGGUGCCAUCUCAGAAUAACUGGCUCAGGAACCUGGAUCUACCGGUUGAGAGGAUAGAAGGUAUUCUCACAUCCUCGAUACUAGAUAUCCCCGGUGGAGACAGCCUAUACGCCGGUUCCAUUUCGUCCUCGUCCACCAUCGGCGCCAAUGGUGUCGUCACCUUGGGCAACACGCUCGGCCUUCUCCCCGUGCAAAUCGAGGCUCCAUCUGCCAGGACCAGCGGCCUGGGAAAACGCGAUACUCUCUCCAACAGCACGCUGUCCGGCGUGGUCACUGGAGCGUUCGACCAGGACAACAACCGAAACGUGACGAUCCUUGCUGGACAUUUCACGGCGAAGGCAACCAAUGGCUCCGAGGUCCGCAACCUCGUAUUUAUUGAUGGCUCAGACAAGGACGCUGUUACUGGAUUGGGGUCUGAGAUCUCGGAGGAUUCAGCUUUCGUUGCUAUUGCUGUCCAAGGAGAUGUCCUCUUCGCGGGGGGGAACGUCACUGGGACCGUCGACGGCUCGCAGGUCCAUGGACUGAUAGCCUACAAUCUCGCCACCAAGACCUACAGCCCUCAGCCUCCGGCGCUCUCGGGUGGGAAUGCGACCGUCUCCUCCAUCGCUGUUCGACCUGGCACGGGUGACGUCUAUGUCGGCGGCUCCUUCCUGACCGCAGGAUCUCUUCCUUGUCCUGGUGUCUGCUACUUCAGCACGAACUCAGGCCAGUGGAAACAGCCCGGCCAGAACCUCGAAGGGACCGUUAAUACUCUAAUGUGGGCAAGCGACUCGAAGUUGCUCGCUGGCGGUAACCUCACCAUCAACGAUACUGCCUCCUCGUCCCUCGCGGUGUUUGAUGUAAGCAAGCAGUCUUGGGACAGCUUUCCCGGUUCAAACCAACUGCCGGGACCGGUCGACAUCCUUACUCCCGCGUCGAAGGACGGCAGUCGGGUUUGGGUCGCUGGGACGUCGUCGAAUGGUUCGGUAUACCUCAUGAAAUACGACGGAUCCCAAUGGAACUCGACAGGCCAGGCCCUUUUGCCCGGUACCAAUAUCCGCAGCCUCCAGAUGUUCUCGCUCAAAUCCUCCCACGACUCUUCUCCGCUUCUCGAUUCCAAGCAGGCGCUCAUGCUGACUGGUUCCAUCGUCCUCCCCAAUUUCGGAAGUGCAUCGGCCGUCCUGUUCAAUGGGGUCACUUUCGAACCAUUUGCUCUCACGACCGGCGCCGGCAACGGCCUGGGCAGCAUUGCGCACAUAUUCUCGGAGAAACAGAACUUCUUCACCUCCAAGAACGGCAACCUCCCACUGGUCUUCAUUGUGCUGAUCGGUCUCGGUAUCUCGCUCGGCCUUAUGCUGCUUCUUGUCGUCGCCGGCCUAUUCCUCGACAGGCUGCGCAAGAAGCGCGAGGGCUAUGUUCCAGCUCCGACUUCCAUGUACGACCGGGGCAGUGGCAUUCAAAGGAUACCUCCCGAAGAGCUACUGGGAAAUGUUGGCAGGACGAGACCAGGCGCACCACAAGUAUGA